CUUUCUCCGCAGAGUUCCCACAGAGGAAGCCCGACGAGGGCUACAGGGACGCCGGUCAUUUUUCUGGACAUCAGCGCAGAGACUCACUGACGUGGAAUCAUGCCUCUGCGGCUGGACAUCAAGCGGAAGCUGACCGCCCGGUCAGACCGGGUGAAGAGUGCCGACCUGCACCCCACUGAGCCCUGGAUGCUGGCGAGCCUCUACAGCGGCACCGUGGUGGUCUGGAACCACGAGACGCAGAUGAUGGUGAAAACCUUUGAGCUGUGUGACCUGCCUGUCCGAGUGGCCAAGUUUGUAGCCAGGAAACACUGGGUCGUCGCUGGAGCGGAUGACAUGCAGAUCCGUGUGUUCAACUACAACACCCUGGAGCGAGUUCACAUGUUCGAGGCUCACUCCGACUACCUCCGCUGCAUCGUCGUCCACCCAACACAGCCCUACAUCCUCACCAGCAGCGACGACAUGUUGAUCAAGCUGUGGAACUGGGACAAAAAGUGGACGUGCAGUCAAGUGUUUGAGGGACACACUCACUACGUCAUGCAGAUUGUCAUCAACCCCAAAGACAACAACCAGUUUGCCAGUGCGUCUCUGGACAGAACCAUUAAGGUGUGGCAGCUGGGCUCCAGGACUCCCAACUUCACUCUGGAGGGCCAUGAAAAGGGGGUGAACUGCAUUGAUUACUACAGCGGAGGGGACAAGCCCUACCUCAUAUCAGGGGCCGACGACCGCAUGGUCAAGAUCUGGGAUUAUCAGGUACCGAAUGCACUUUCUUAUUGCUCUGUGCUCUGUAGCAGUUUAUUGUGUAUUCAUCUCCGUUCAAUUGUGACCUCUUUGUUGUUUUCCUUAGGCACCGUUCGAGUGUGGCACUCCAACACCUACCGGCUGGAGAACACGCUCAACUACGGCAUGGAGAGGGUGUGGUGUAUAAGCAGCCAGCCUGGCUCCAACAGUGUGGCUCUGGGCUACGACGAAGGCAGCAUCAUCAUCAAGCUGGGUCGGGAGGAGCCGGCCAUGUCCAUGGACGCCAGUGGGAAGGUCAUGUGGGCUCGCCACUCCGAGGUGCAGCAGGCCAACCUGAAGGCCAUGGGAGACGCCGAGAUCAGGGACGGAGAGAGGCUGCAGCUGGGCGUCAAGGACAUGGGCAGCUGUGAGAUCUUCCCCCAGACCAUCCAACACAGCCCCAACGGGAGAUUCGUCGUGGUGUGUGGAGACGGAGAGUACAUCAUCUACACCGCCAUGGCCCUGAGGAACAAGAGCUUCGGCUCGGCUCAAGAGUUCGUCUGGGCCCACGACUCCUCUCAGUAUGCCAUAAGGGAGGGCAGCAGUAGGAUCAAAAUAUUCAAGAACUUCAAAGAGAAGAAUGCUUUUAAACCUGACUUCGGGGCUGAAGGUAUCUUUGGUGGCUUCUUACUGGGCGUGAGGUCAAACAGCGGCCUGGCCUUCUACGACUGGGAGAGUUCUGAACUGAUCCGCCGUAUCGAGAUCCAGCCUAAACACAUCUUCUGGUCUGACUCUGGGGAGCUGGUGUGUAUCGGUACAGACGAGUCCUUCUUUGUGCUGCGCUACCUACCAGAGAGAGUGGCAGCGGCCCAGGAGUCCAAGGAGGAGAUAACAGAGGAUGGGAUCGAGGGCGCCUUCGAGGUGCUGGGGGAGGUCCCGGGGGUGGUGAAGACAGGGGUUUGGGUGGGAGACUGCUUCAUCUACACCAGCUCUCUGAACAGACUGAACUACUAUGUGGGAGGAGAGCUCAUUACCAUCGCUCACCUGGACAGGACCAUGUAUCUGCUGGGCUACAUCCCCAAGGACGACCGGCUCUACCUCGGAGACAAGGAGCUGAACGUCAUCAGCUACGCGCUGCUGCUGUCGGUGCUGGAGUACCAGACGGCUGUCAUGAGGAGGGACUUCAGCACGGCCGACAAGGUCCUACCCACGAUCCCCAAGGAGCAGAGGACCAGGGUGGCCAACUUUUUGGAGAAACAGGGCUUCAGACAGCAGGCCCUGGCCGUGUCCACCGACCCGGAGCACAGGUUUGAACUGGCCCUGCAUCUGGGGGAGCUCAAGAUGGCGCACCAACUGGCCCUGGAGGCAGAGUCAGAGCACAAGUGGAAGCAGCUGGCAGAGCUCGCGACCACAAAGUGCCAGUUCAGCUUGGCUCAGGAGUGCCUGCACCAGGCUCAGGAUUAUGGGGGAUUACUGCUGUUGGCCACCGCCUCGGGCAACGCCAACAUGGUGGGCAAGUUGGCCGAGGGGGCGGAGAGGGACGGGAAGACCAACGUGGCCUUUCUCACCUACUUCCUGCAGGGAAGGUUGGACAAGUGUCUGGACCUUCUCAUCGACACAGGUCGGUUGCCAGAGGCUGCAUUUCUGGCAAGGACAUAUCUGCCCAGCCAUGUGUCGAGGGUGGUGAAGCUGUGGAAGGAGAGUCUGUCCAAGGUCAACCAGAAGGCGGCAGACGCUCUGGCUGACCCCUCCCAGUACAGCAACCUGUUCCCGGGCCUCCAGCAAGCCCUGCUGGCUGAGGGGUACCUGAAGGAGACUCAUGUCGGGGUCAGGCCUGCUGCAGAAUACCCACUCGUCAUGCCAAACGAGGACCGUAAUGUUCUGGAGGAAUCUGCAGGUUUUGAGUCUAAAGGAGAGCUCACAGAGCCAGAGGGAGAGGUGGAGAGCAUGAAUGAAACCGUCAUGGUGGCAGCGGUGACGGAGGCUGCACCUGCAGAAACGGCAAUGGUGGAGGAACCCAUUCUUCUAAAACAGGAGAUCGUUGAUCCCGUUCCAGCAACAGAAGAAGAAGAAGCCAUCCCGGCAGCAGCCGCCCCUCUGCCUGUCGCAGCAACGGAAGAGCAUGUUGAACCAGAGGAAGCAGAGUCGGCGUCUUCAGAGGACGACACCUUCGUUGAGUCAGGGGAGGCUUUAAUCUCUGUAGAAGACGACGUUUUGGAGUCCACCACAGAGAUUCCCCCCGCAGAGCCCGAGAUGGUACGAUCCAGUCCCGUGGAAGAUGUCCGACCAUCAGUUGAGACAGAUGUUCAGGAGAUUUCUCCAGCGACUGAUCCUGCUGCCUGUGAGUCCGAAACACAUCUAAUCGAGACAAUGUCAGAAACCAUCACGGCAACGGAGGAGACACCAAGUGAAACCAUAUCAACAGAGUGUGUCCCGGUCAGCACUGGUCUGAUAGUUGAUACCGAUGUAACAGAAUCUAUAGCACCUGAAGGAAUGCCUGUUUAUGAAGAACAGGAAGCAGGUGCCAUCUCCUCAGAAGCACCAGCGGCGCUACCUGUAGCAGUGGAGGAGCUCAUCUCCUUCGAAAGCACGGACAGUCUGCCGCUGGACGAUCCUGUUCAAAGCCAAACUCUUCCAUAUCUGGCCCUCGAUCCGCUGCUGGACCCACUCCGAGACACGAUGCCACUGCUGAAGCCGGUCCCGGCGCAGGAACCGAAACAAGCAGAGCAAACCACAACACUCCCAGUAGAGCCGGAGGAGAACCUGGAACCUGCAGUGGUUCUAAAGCCAGAGGUUUUAUCCCCCGAAGAGGAGGCGGGUCCUAAGGAACCUGCAGAGGACCUCGACGCAGAGAUAGAUGAGAUCCUGGAUGAUCUGGAUCUGGACAAUUUUGACCUGGAAGACAUCGACACCUCAGAUGUUAACCUGGAUGAUGAUUGCUUGAGUGAAUAGGAAGAAGAACCUUUUUUCACGAGCCACACAGUUCUGUUUUUUUUCAGUGACCAAAGAACUCAAAGGGUUUCCUAAGACGAUAAGCGGUGAGACGAAAAUGCAUUUCAGUUUAAUUGACAAGCAUUUGCUUUCUCGGUUGUAGGAAUAAAUUGUUCCAAAAUUACACUUUUAUGAAUGCAGAAAUGAAGCCACAGCCUUAAUUAACCAUUGGGAAGUGUCCAGGCUGUGUUUACACUUAAAUGGGAAUAAGACAAAACAAGGUGUGUGUGUGUUGGGAAAUAUGGGAUACAUUGCAGCCAGUCAACAUAUCCUGCUCAGCCUGUUGGGGACCUUUUAUUUUUUACACUACAGAUAUAUGCUUCACCAGAUUGUUAAUGUUCACUAGUAAUACACUCUCAGUACCUCAUACCUCACAGUGAGACACCGCUGUUGAUCAGGGUGUUAUUGAAGAGUUUGAAUAUUUUUUUUUUUUGACAUUCCUGCUGAUACAAGGCUGCCUUUUUAUAAAUAGUAUGCAAUAAAAAAUGUUGCACAAGCCUGUGAUUUGGACAAAUUCCCCCUAUUCGGUUACAUGUAAUGUCUUAAAUACCUCUUUGUUGUAAUAUUUUCAUACGUUAACUUCUCAAAGCUCGUAUGAACACAGACCGCUGCUUUUAGUUUGUCGGAUGAACUUCAGUGAAAACAGUGUUUCUGUUAUAAGUGCCUUACAUGUGUGUGUGUCUUAAAGGAUGGGUGGUACUGUGGGAAAAAAUUAAAAGCUUCAAUCAAG